AUGCGAUUUUUUCUCCAGUGUUUGUUUUAUUACUGCGUAACGGCAGCCGUUACGCUUGUUAACGCUAAGGAUGAUUCCUUUUUCACCAAUGUGGGACUUCGUGAUAGCGUUUCAGGGUAUGCAUACUGUCGGGAUCCAAAUCACUGGUUUCAGAUUGAUGCUGAACUGUUCUUAAGUGAAGGGCAAGAUAGGGAUGUUUUUCUUUCGAUACCGAGAGAAUUCACAGGGUUGCCAACCGAACCGUUUGAACUUAUGCAUAAAUCACAGGUGAUUGGCAAAGUAAUGAUUUCUGACGAUCACUUGGUUCAAAUUUCUUUCCCCAUACCCCCAAAAGAGAACAUCACUGGAAAUCUCCGAUUUAUGGCAAAAUUGGAUCCAGACGCUGUUGAAUCGAUUGAAGCACCAAGGAUUAUCAAUUACAAUUUUUAUAGUUCUCAAGGUGAACAUUUUAAGGAGCCGAUUAGAUUCGAACCCAGAUCGUUGGGAGCGGUACAUGUGGAUGGAGGAAUGUUUUUGCACAACAACACCGCUUGGUUCGUGGUAGAUAUCCCCGUGGAACAGUUGAACGAGCCGGUUUACGUCUCUUCAGACCCAGGAGCAGGUUCUCCGGUUAAUCAGCAUCAAAUAAUUCAAGGUACGGCUAGAUGUGAACUGGUCACGUCAGUGGAUUCGUUCCAUAGGCCUAGGAUUACAGAGCCCAUUGAACCCUUGGAAGAUUAUACAUCAGAGUCUUCUGUCUUGAUGAAAUUUGACCAUAAUUUGGAUGGUUACUACGUGAGAAUCUUAUACUAUACCAGACCAAGAAUUUUAGAAUUUGAUAGACCCAUUAGAGCUCAAACCGCCUUUUAUAAAAGGACUGUGAAGGGUCUAACUAAAUAUGCUAUUUAUUCAUAA